UGUUCCAUGCACCUCAACACGUGCGUGUAAAUUAUAUUAAUUAGUAUAUUUAUACUUAACAACACUAGCUAAAGAAUAAAUUAUCAUGGACGUCGAUACAACGGAGGCCCAGUUGCAAGUCCGAUUCGUUACUAAACAAGAACAAUAUGCGGUUCCCGACAGUCCCUACGCUAUACAAAGCAAUGUGCAACCUGCAGACCUCAACACAUUGGUCAAUGCCCUGCUCAAAGAGUCUGACAGCUCAGCAAAGACUGUUGAAUUCGAUUUCUUAGUGAGCGGGGAACUCUUGUGCUCGCCUCUUGGUGACCAUCUUCAAGAGAAGGGUGUGUCUACGGAACAGACUUUGGAGGUUGAGUAUCUGGAGAGAUUCCCGGCGCCAAGCCCGCAGGACUGUUUGAUGCAUGAUGAUUGGGUUUCUGCAGUACAGGCCCAUGGAAAUUGGAUCCUAUCCGGCAGCUAUGACAACAGUCUUCACAUCUGGACCACCAAAGGGCAGCACAAACUGGCUAUACCAGGUCACACGUCUCCAAUCAAAGCGGUCUCUUGGGUGUCCGUAAAUGGUGAUCAGGCAGUUUUUGCUAGCGGUUCCCAUGACCAGUCAGCCAUGCUGUGGGUGUGGAAUGUGUCCAACAACUCGGUGGACUGUGUGGUAACGUGCCGGGGACACGAGAAGGGAGUGGAGUGCUUGUCCGUGUCGGCAGAUGCCUCCAGACUGGCCACUGGCAGCUGGGACACUAAUAUAUGCUUAUGGAGUGCUAGUCUUUCUGAUGAAGACAAUGUACCGGCCAAGAAGAGGAGCAAAUCCGACCGUGGACAAGAUCAUGGAAAUACACGGGAGCCACUGGCAACGUUAAAAGGUCACCGCGAGGCGGUGUCCGGCGUACAGUGGAUGGACUACAACACGGUCCUGUCCAGCGGCUGGGACCAUCUGCUCAAGAUAUGGGACUGUGAGCUCAAUGGCAUCAAACAGGACAUUGCCGGCAACAAAGCGUUUUUCGACGUGGACUGGUCUCCGCUCAACAACACCAUGAUAACCGCCUCCGCAGACAGGCACGUCCGUCUAUAUGAUCCAAGAUCUCAAGAAAGCAUAGUAAAGACGACGUUCACGUCUCACACGGGAUGGGUGCAGUCAGUGCGCUGGUCGAAGACGCGAGACACGCUGUUCCUGAGCGCCGGCUGCGAUGGACAAGUCAAGCUGUGGGAGACCAGAAGUCCCCGCACCCCGCUGUAUGACCUGAGCGGUCACGAAGACAAGGUCCUGUGCUGCGAUUGGUCCGUGCCGUCCCUGCUCGUCAGCGGGUCCUGCGACAACACGCUCAGGAUAUUCAAGGCCAAGACCGCUCUGCACGCGUAA